AGCGAGCCUUGUAGGAGCUGUUGUCCGAGCGGAUAGGUGGGACCGAAGACAGAGGAAAAUAAGUGCUUGUAGCUGUGGGGAAGUAAUUCACGGCACUGAGCUGGGACCACAGAUUAAGUUCUGUUGCAUCAGUUUCGUAGCAGGUGACCCCCACCCCUUCGCCAAAAUCCGGCUAUUAGAUGUGACCACGAGGUUGAUCAGGAGAAGCCACCAUGUCUUAAACACAGACGGGCCCUCUGGAGCCCUGUCCCCCCACCCUGGACCCCCCUCCCCCUCCCCCAUCCACCACCUUACCCCUUCUCCAAGCCCCAUCCCACUCCCAGAUCUCCCUGCACAUGUGAGGGACAGGCUACCCAGCCCUGGCUCCCCCCUGGCACACCCCUCCCCUCCCUCCGGAGAGAUGAACCUGCAGAAGCACCAGCAGUUGGGUGGUGGUAGCAGUGGGGUGAUGGGCUCUAACCGGGAUCUACAGUCUACUGCUUCUUCCAUCUCUCUUCCCUCUGUGAAGAAGGCCCCCAAGAAGAGGCGCCUUUCCCUGGCCUCUCUUUUCAGACGGCGAGGUCGGGAGCCCAAAUCAGGGCGCCAAAGGUCUCGAGAGCUCCAGCCCCCUGGACCUGGAGGGCUUGGAGGGGUGGAUGGCAUUGCCAGCAUCGAGAGCAUCCACUCUGAGAUGUGUAAUGACAAGAACUCUGCCUUCUUCUUUGUGGCUGGGACCGGAGCUGCCUCUGCUGCUGCUGCUUCCACCUCAUCUGCCUCAGGGCCUUCUUCCUCUACCUGCUCCUCCUCCAAGGUGGGGGGUGGGGUGGGGGCAGAGCUACUGGAGUGCCCGCUGUGCCUUCUGCGCCACUCCAGGGAGAACUUCCCUGACAUCAUGACCUGUCACCACCGCUCCUGCAUCGAUUGCCUGCGCCAGUACCUGCGCAUUGAGAUCUCAGAGUCUCGUGUCAACAUCAGCUGCCCUGAGUGUUCGGAGCGUUUCAACCCGCACGACAUCCGCAUGAUCCUGGGUGACCGGGCGCUCAUGGACAAAUACGAGGAGUUCAUGCUGAGGAGGUGGCUUGUAGCUGACCCUGACUGCCGCUGGUGCCCUGCGCCGGACUGUGGGUAUGCAGUGAUCGCCUUCGGGUGUGCCAGCUGUCCUAAAAUCACUUGCAGCAGGGAGGGCUGCGGUACAGAGUUCUGUUACCACUGUAAGCAGCUGUGGCAUCCCAAUCAGACCUGUGAUGCAGCACGACAGCAGAGAGCCCAGAGCCUCCGCCUGAGGACGGUCCGCUCGUCCUCCCUCAGCUACAGCCAAGAGAGCGGAGCUGCAGCUGAUGACAUUAAGCCAUGUCCACGCUGCGCUGCUUACAUCAUCAAGAUGAACGACGGCAGCUGUAACCACAUGACCUGCGCCGUCUGUGGCUGUGAAUUCUGCUGGCUCUGCAUGAAGGAGAUCUCAGACCUGCACUACCUGAGUCCAUCAGGCUGUACUUUCUGGGGGAAGAAGCCAUGGAGCAGGAAGAAGAAGAUUCUUUGGCAACUGGGAACGCUUGUGGGUGCCCCUGUUGGCAUUGCACUCAUCGCUGGCAUUGCUAUCCCCGCCAUGAUUAUUGGGAUCCCUGUAUAUGUGGGAAGGAAGAUCCAUAACCGCUAUGAAGGCAAAGAUAUUUCCAACCAUAAGAGGAACCUGGUGAUCGCUGGUGGAGUGACACUCUCUGUUAUUGUGUCUCCAGUGGUGGCUGCAGUCACUGUCGGCAUUGGUGUUCCCAUCAUGCUGGCUUAUGUCUAUGGUGUGGUGCCCAUCUCACUGUGCCGUAGCGGAGGUUGUGGCGUCUCAGCUGGGAAUGGCAAAGGAGUUCGCAUAGAGUUUGAUGACGAGAAUGACAUGAAUGUUGGCAGUGGUGCAGCUGCCACCGAUACUACAUCAGUGGCAGACACAAGGAACAACCCCAGUAUAGGUGAGGGCAGUGUUGGUGGACUGACAGGCAGCUUGAGUGCCAGUGGCAGCCACAUGGACCGUCUGGGGGCCAUGAGGGACAACCUGAGUGAGACAGCGUCCACCAUGGCCCUGGCCGGAGCCAGCAUUACUGGCAGCCUCUCUGGCAGUGCCAUGGUCAAUUACAUAAACAGGCUGGAGGUGCAGGCUGAUGUACAGAAGGAGCGCUGCAGUCUGAGCGGUGAGUCUGGCACUGUCAGCCUGGGUACAAUCAGCGACAACGCUAGCACCAAAGCGAUGGCUGGAUCCAUUCUCAACGCAUACAUGCCCCUCGACAGAGAUGGGAACAGUGUGGAGGUCCAAGUUGACAUUGAAUCCAAACCUGGCAAACUACGGCACCACAGUGGCAGCAGCAGCGUAGAUGACGGCAACCAUGUUGGUCGCUGUGGCUGGACCUGCCCUUCCAAUGGUUGCACCUCGUCAGAAGGUAAAGGAACCUCCGCUAAGUGGGCCAAAGAGGCAUCCUGCUCCUCCUCGUCCAGCUCGGGGGGCAAAAAGAGCAAAGGCAAGCUGCGCAAGAAAGGCGGCGGAGGCACCAAGAUCAACGAGACGCGGGAGGACAUGGACGCUCAGCUGCUGGAGCAGCGCAGCACCAACUCCUCAGAGUUCGACUCUCCCUCACUGAGCGGCAGCCUGCCGUCUGUGGCCGACUCCCACUCCAGCCACUUCUCCGAGUUCAGCUGCUCCGAUCUAGAAAGCAUGAAGACGUCCUGUAGCCAUGGCUCAGGUGGAGGCGACUACCACACGCGCUUCGCCAACGUCAGCCCCCUACCCGAGGUGGAGAACGACCGCCUGGAGACCUGCCCCUCUUCUUCCUCCUCCUCCCAGGGACAAGGAGCUGUGAUCACUCCCCACUCCCCCACCUCCUCCCUAGGCCACGGCGCAGAGCACCCCCCCCUCUGCUUCAUCACAGAGGAGAAUGUCAACCUGGUGUGCCCCGCUGAGCUGGACUCUCACAGCAACACCAGAGAGCUGCUAAAAGAAACCAACAACAACAACCAACAACCACAGCACCCAACCCAAACCCAGCAGCAGCCUAAGAACUCCUGUAUACAGACUGACAUAUGAAAUCUUAAUACCUUAA